UAACAAAUACAUGAAGUUGCCAGAUACUUCAAAAAAGAUCAAAUAUUCGAAAUGAACAGUUAAUUGGAUCUAUUUGCAAUCAAAGCAAAAAAGGGAAAACAAAAAGAACAGAAUGGAGGCAAUAAGGGAGUAUUUCUUAAAAAGCGAAAAUUUUGGGCACCGUCCUGCCGAUAUUGAAUCCGCAAUACGGUUUGUUAAUUCUGAAUACAGGCACACACAGGGGUGUACAGUAGAAAACGUAGAGAUAUUGCGUACAUUCUCGCCGUUCUUCGUCACAUACGACGAACUGCACGUGAGACAGUUUGAAACAGGUCGUGGCAUUCCUUCCAAAAUUAAAAUGCUGGUAAUUGCGGCCCAUACUGCUGAGCUGGACAGCCGUUUUGCAGUGCUCCACAUUGCGGUGGCAGUCACAGAAGACACGACCAUGGGCAAGGACAAGAUACAGCUCCAUGUGCAACGUGUGCUGGACCGCAUAGGAGGCAUGAAGGAGAAUGGUAUAACCUUUUCCAAAAAAGUACUAGGGGUCAUCAGCGACGGCAAUGCUGCAAAUGCAAAAGCAGAAUUUCACACAUACCACUACGCGCAUUUGCCGGUGCUGCGGGACUAUAUACAUCUAAAAAAUAAUUUGGCAGAGCGGUACCGCUAUACAGACCGAGUAUUGCGGAGGGUAUAUAUGAGGAGCAUAUUCAAGAAGAUGAUGCCGAAUGUCAGUAGAUAGGCCAUGUUAACAAAAAUCAAUCAACAAAUUUUGUGCUUUCCGUGAGUGUGUGUGUGUGUGUGUUUGUCUGUGCUGUGAUUAGUGGCUAUAUAUAAUAACUAUUUCAUUUCGGGCCGCUCUAAUGACCGGGACUAUUCCUUGUGGGGCUCGGUGAUUUUCUUAUUGUUUCGCUUCUUUUGCAAUUGUCGCGCAGUUUCGCGAUGCAUUUCCUCCAGCCGUUCCAGCGCCUGCGUCUUUAGCGGCAUCAGGUGCGGCCUACAAAAAACCAGCUCUGUUUUGUGCUCGAAAAAUAGUUUUCCGGUUGUGGGCUCAAUCAGAUCGAUUUUCUCAUUCACUUUUCUAAGCAGCUCGGACUCUACUUCGGACAUGCUAGCGGAUUGGAAACAAUCCAAUCGCCGCAACUAGGCUGGAACUCUAGCUUAGACACUUUGAUACACAAAGCAACCGUUCGAUUUGCGUUUUAUGUUUUUAAAAUUGCAUUUAUUUGUUUUUAUUAGAGGU